CUUCAUUGUCUUUAUGCAUUUUCUCUACCAGAUCACUUUCUAUCAUCUACUUUUCAUUAUACUUGGCGUUUCCCGGAUUCACAAUUGUAUUUUGAUACUGGGGAUUCCAUCUUCAUAACACUACCACAACCAUCUAGGCCCCGUCCAGAACCAGCCCUUAACAACCUGGAAGCGUGCUAGAAGCCCUCAAAAUGGCAACCUCGUCCACCCCCAACAAACCAGACACUGUCCCCACCUCCGCCAAACAACCUAAAUCCCGGCCCCCCUCCGGAAUCAGAGAACACAUCCUCCGGACUCCCUUGCCCUACUACUCCGGUCCCUACAGCGUUGGAGUAAUGGACAUCGAAGUGCCCGCUCGCCAACCACGAUACUUCUCCGAGAUCAAAAGAUAUCACAGGCAUCUCCUCGAGCUCGAGACGGUGCUGUUUUCCGUGUUCUAUCCGUCGGGAUUUGGGAGCGGACACGGCAAGGGUCCAGGAGGGGAGAAGAAAUGGAGUCGGCCGACUUGGUUACCAAGGCCGAGGAUCGAGGUUGCGAAGGGGUAUGGGAAGUUUGCGGGGAUUCCUUCCUGGCCUAUUGUUGGAUGGUUUGGUUUAACGACGGCCUUUACCAAGAUUCCGGCUUUUCGGAACGCGAAGCUGGCUGAACAUUGGCCUCCUGAUAAGAAUUCUAGGGAAGGCGGGUAUGAGACGAAGAAUAGUGCCGGGACGCCUCCUCCUGGCGAGCCUGAGAAACCUUGUUUUCCACUUCUAAUUUUCAGCCAUGGGCUUGGAGGGACGAGAACGACGUACAGUUCUGUUUGUGGGGAGUUCGCCAGCUACGGAUUUGUGGUGGUGAGCAUAGAGCAUAGAGAUGGGAGCGGACCGAGGACCUUCAUAAAUCUGCCUGAAAGGGGGGUGGAUCAGGCCACUGGAGAUACGGAUGUCAGUGACGAAGAUCGGAAGAAGGGGUAUUCGAGGAUGGACUAUGUGUUUCCCAAGGACAACGCGAAGGAUACUAUGCCUGGCAACAAACAAGGGGUUGACGCUCAACUGCGAUCUGCUCAGAUACAAUUGCGACUGGCUGAGAUCGAGGAAGCCUACCAUGUCAUGACACUUAUCCAUGAUGGCAAAGGGGAGGUUGUUGAAAGGGGAAAUUUACGGGACCAGGAUGAAGGAAGAGUGGGUGGCAGUUCGAGAGGACUGAAAGGAAUUGAUUGGGAAUCUUGGAAGGGUCGUUUCCAUCUGCAACAAGUGACAAUGCUUGGACACUCGUUCGGGGCUGCGACCACUGUCGAAGUCCUCCGACACAAACACCGAUUCCAAUACAUUGGCCAGGGCAUUAUAUACGACAUAUGGGGAGCUGCCAUCCAGCCUCCAGAGGACGAGCCAGAUCGUCGAAUCAGUACACCAUUACUUGGUAUCAAUUCAGAAGCGUUCAUGUAUUGGCCCGAUAACUUCGAGUCAGUAAUGGCGCUUUGUCGCGAAGUGAAAGAGCAAGACCAGCUGGCCUGGCUCAUGACUGUUCGGGGGUCUGUCCACAUCUCACAGUCCGAUUUUUCAAUACUGUACCCUUGGAUAGCCAGCGUCUUGCUCAAAAUGACAGUCAAUCCACGACGAGCCAUUGAUUUGAACCUCAAUGCUUCCCUCGAAUUUUUGAAACAGGUCAUGCCUGCUCGAAUCUCGAAAAUGAAUCGUGGCACCAACGAGCAUCUCCUUGAAGUUAGCACCUUGGAUAAAUUGCCCACAGAGCAUCGCCCGGCUGACAAGUGGACUGCGGUCAGACUUCAUAUCCCGCAUGAGUUGCGCAUCCGCUUGACGCCUCAAUUUUUCCGAAGAUAUACAAGGAACAAGGAGCGGCGCGAUGCCGAGAAAAGACUUCCGAGAGAUCCAAGAGGCAAUGUGCUGGAAGGACUGGAAGAUUUGGGGCUUGGCGAGGAAAUCUGGAUGCACGUUGCGCCAACGAAAGAAGAGCUCUUGAGACACGGGCUCAAGCCCAGCAAAGGAUUGGAGACAAACCAGUCCAACGGCAUGGUGGAGGUCAGUGGACGAGAGGGAAGAAGGAGAAGCGCCCAUAGAGGCAUCGAACAGAAAUACAUGGAGCGCGGCUGA